CAAAAAGACAGUGGACGUAUUUUGUGUAUACAUAAUCAAAAAGUUUAAAAUGAGUAUAAUGGAAGACGUGAAGACAUUUAUGGUAACUCAUUUCAAAGAGAUAUGUGUGGCUGCAGUCAUCGGAAUUACUGUCAUAGCUGUGUGUAAAAAAAGCAGAAAGAAAACCAAGAAAUCUUAUCCUAGAGACACAGUAAUUCACCACACAGUACCAAGAGGCCCAUUUGCUCCUAGUCUUACUCCGUUUGCUGUAAAACUGGAGACCUAUUUGAGGAUGGCAAAAGUUCCAUAUCAGAAUGAAUUCGACAGUGGUUCCAACAGAAGUUCUAAAGGAAAGUUAACUUGGAUUGAAUACAACGGAGAGGAGGUGGCAGAUUCCGAGUUUUGUAUCAAGUUCAUUAAUAAAACACUUAACAUAGAUCUGGACAAAGACUUCACAGAAGAAGAAAAGGCCAUUGCUUAUUCGUUUCAAAAAGUGGCCGAGGAGUAUUUCUACUGGACACUUGUUUUACAACGCUGGAUUUAUGAUGAAGCCGUUGAACUUUCUAAAUAUGUAAAAAUCCCUUGGAUCGUCAGGAAAAUGGUGAAACGUGGCUUAGGAAAACAAGCGUAUGCGCAAGGAAUAGGUCGCCAUUCUCAAGAGGAAGUGCAGACAAUCAUUGUUGAAUGCCUUAAGAACUUCUCCUCGUUUUUAGGGAAGAAAAAGUUUUUGCUUGGAGAGAAACCUUGUCAGGCGGACUGUGCUGUAUUUGGAAUUCUAUCUCAGUGCUACUGGCAUGGAUUUGGUUCGUUUACAGAACAGGAAUUCAAAAAGUUUGAAAAUCUCUGUAGUUACUGUGAGAGGAUGAAGGCAGAAUUUUGGCCAGAUUGGGAUGACUGUAUUACACACGGUGGGACAAAGAAGGCCACUAAAUGAGAAAGA